UUCCGGCUCCGACAUCUAUUUGAUAGUGGAGUUUGGCGCAUUCGCUAUGUAAUUCAUCAUGAUAUGAUGAUACGCGAGGCAGAAUUAAUACCGUACAUAAUCAUCUACACGUGUGGCACUCUUCGGCUGCUUUCACAUAUGACCACCCAAGUUCUUAUUAUUGAUACAUCCUGACUCACUGAUAUGGAGCGAAAUUGGACUCACUUGAUUCGAUUUAUUGCCGAAGAGGAUAAUCAGGUCCACCUGGGCCAGAUUGAUCCUUCAAUAGACAUUGGACUCGAUAUCGAGGCGGGUAAACUAGUAAAGGCAAGCCUUGUCAUUGGCAGCGCGUUUGACGGGAAAGUAUCCGAUAAGAUCUUGACGGUUAAGCAGCUCCUUUGCCCUCUAGCCCAGCACGAAGUACCAAUAGUUCGCUGCCUUGGCCUUAACUACCGUGAUCAUGCGGCGGAAGCAAACAUUCCCGUUCCCAAUGAACCUGUCCUAUUCAUUAAACCCCGGACGUCUAUCAGCUCGCCAUAUCCCGCAACGAUUAACGUGCCGUUGAUUGCUCAGGAUGGCACAAGCGACUACGAAGCGGAACUUGCCUUUAUCAUUUCGAAAGAUGGGCGCGAUAUUCCAGAAGAGAAAGCACAGGAAUAUGUUCUCGGUUAUACCUGUAGUAAUGAUAUUUCUUGCAGGAGUCAACAGUUCAAAAACAGUCAGUGGUCAUUCUCUAAAGGGUUUGAUGGCUCAGCGCCAAUUGGCCCUGUACUCGUCAGGCCAAACGUGAUCGGGGAUCCUCCGAUAUUAGACAUUCAAGGGAUUCACAACGGUAUUAUUGUGCAGAGUUCCAACACCAAGGAACUCAUUUUUGGUAUAAACAAGACCAUUUCGUUUCUUUCACAAGGCACAACGCUUGAGCGAGGCACUGUCAUCAUGACGGGUACGGGACCUGGGAUAGGAGGUCUUAGGAGCCCCAAGAUAGUCUUGCAGCAUGGAGACGAUAUGAGAGUGCAUAUUGAGAAAAUUGGGACACUGAUCAACAAAGUGUACUAUGAGUAGACGCAAUGUUCGACGAAAGCAAAGAGCAGCUGCCUUCCAUGCUGAUAGCCUAGAAGAAGAGUUGAAAGUUGUUGAAAAAGGCUGUAGUAACAAAGCACUUGAUUUAGCUGCCCCAUUUCGGGAGUC